AGCUGGGUAACUCCUGAAUCUCAUUUCAACUCGAGCCUGAAAGACCCCAUGACUCUUUCAUAUGGAGAAGUGUCGGCAGUCCUUCUCUUUUAGAUGCUGCCUGGCCUGCUGGGUUCCACCAGCAUUUUGUGUGUUGUUUGAAUUUGCCGCAUCUACAGAUUUCCUCGUGAUGGCUCUUUCAUAUUAUAACUUUAUAAAAUUGCAGACUAGACGCUGGUCAAAGUUUGAGAAGAGCCGUUUUCCAUAACCUGAUAACGUUCACACAGUGACCGACCGCGGGCAGAAGCUGAGGGUCAGUUUUAUUCGGUUCCGUUACGGGUUGAAAGAAAUUAGAGAACUGAGUUCCCAGACACUCCAAUAUCAACUACACUUAAAUCAAAUAUGCCUGGUUUCAGUAACAGAGGGUAACCGAUCUGCAAUUAUUUAACUGGAAAUUAAAUUUGAACAAUAGAUUUAUUUUUGGCGGGCUUUUUUCCAGAUUUCAGUACAUUUUGGGGAGGAGACGGUUAUUUUCCGCGCUUCUACUUUUACGGACUGCUGAUUGGCGAUUAAGGCAGUUCUUCGAUUGGGACAUUUGUCUUCACCAAUGAGAAUAAGCAGGAUCACACCAAUCACAAACAUCACUUUGCAUUCUCAAAGAGGGUAUAAAAAGGGCAAGUUGGAGCGGGGUGAACAUUCCUUCAUUCUCGCUGGAGUAGGACUGUGACUGUAGAAAUGUCUGGACGUGGAAAAGGCGGCGCUGGCAAAGCUCGGUCCAAGGCCAAAUCUCGUUCGUCUCGGGCUGGACUGCAGUUCCCGGUCGGCCGGGUUCACAGACUCCUGAGAAAGGGCAACUAUGCCGAGCGGGUGGGUGCCGGAGCCCCGGUCUAUCUGGCUGCUGUGCUCGAGUAUCUGACGGCCGAAAUCCUCGAAUUGGCCGGCAACGCGGCCCGGGACAAUAAGAAGACCCGCAUCAUCCCCCGGCACCUGCAGCUGGCCGUCCGCAACGACGAGGAGCUGAACAAGCUGCUGGGAGGGGUGACUAUCGCUCAGGGCGGUGUGUUACCCAACAUCCAGGCCGUCCUGUUGCCCAAGAAAACCGGCGCUGCCAAGAAUCAGCGGGUUCACUAGGCGCAGAGUCAUGAAAUGAACUUCCGGAGUCAGCCCCGGGAGGGAGAGUUUAAUCUCCGAUCACUGAACGACUCCGCUCUUCAUCACCUGGAACCGCGUUGUCUGGGCUCCACAUUGCGGGUUGACCCCGGGCCGUUCCGGCGUGCAGAAUGCGGGAACAUCGCCUGUUCGUUGCUUCAUGAGCGAUUCCCAUCGCCUCACAGAAAAAUAACAUUUGCAUUUUACAUUUCAGAAUCAAGUUUAUUAUCACCGGCAUGUGACAUGAAAUUUGUUAACUCAGCCGCAGCAGUUCAAUGUCAUACAUAAUCUAGAAGAUAAUUAUUAAUUAAAAUGAAACCUAAUAAAGAAACAAGUAAAUCA